AUGAGGAGCAGGCCGCUGACAUACUUGACUCGCAACAGUAUCAAGAAGCCUAAGACUCACCGUUACCCCUCCCUCAAGGGUGUUGACCCCAAGUUCCGCCGCAACCACCGUCACGCUCUUCACGGAACCAUGAAGGCUCUUAAGGAGCGCAAGGAGGGCAAGCGUGAGAUCGCAUAAAUCAACUUAAUUUAGAAAUGAAUUAAAAAUGGGAGCGCAUUGAGUUGGUGUUUCACACGUGCCAUGAUCCCAGGCGUCCUGUCGGAUAGACCCUCUGGCUGGUUCCGCGCAACGGUUGCUAAAUAAGACAAUAUGAUUCGAUUCCACGACAUGGCCUGACACUUGUUUCCGUUUUUCCUGUGUGUUUUGGUCAGUAGGUUGUGCAGUUCCGCAGCCCCGAUGAUGGGCUUUCAAUGUUCGUAUGAACAGGCAUAUGUGUGUACAGCUUCGUGCUUAUUUUCAUGCGCGCUUGCUGAAGGAUUUUUUCAACGUGCCGAGAGAA